AUGCUGAAGGAUAUGCCUAUGACUAGUAUUACUCACUUGUCAUCUGUGGGUUCUGAUCAUUGUCCUUUGCUUUUGGAAAUGGAAGAGAGGGUGGAGUCGCGUACUAAAUAUUUUAAAUUUUUGGAUUGUUGGGUGGAUCUUCCCAUAUUCCUUCAAACAGUGGAGACUUGUUGGCAAAGACACUGUGAAGGUUCUCCUAGGUGGAGAUUUCAACAGAAGUUGAAAAGAUUAACUGCUACUCUAAGUCAGUGGUCUAAGGAGGUCUUUGGUGACAUCUAUGGUAAUGUAAAAAAUUAUGAAGAAAAUGUCAAGGUAGCUGAGGAAAAUUUGAUCUUACAUAGUACUGAUGAGAACAGACAGGAGUUUCACAAAACACAAGCUGAAUACAUCAGACAUCUCAAGGUGGAGGAUGUUAUUUUAAGACCAAAAUCUCAUCUGCAUUGGUUUAAGUAUGGAGAUGCAAACUCUAGUUACUUCCAUGCUUUUAUCAAAGGGAGAAGAAGAAGAUUGUUCAUACACAAGGUCAAGAAUGAGGCAGGGGAUUGGAUCCAUGGGGAUGUUAAAAUAGCUGCAGCUGCAGUCACACAUCGUCAGAAUAUCCUUACUGGGACAGCAGAUUAUAUACCUGAGGAAAUGCCAGCUCAUAUUCCUAAAUUGAUAUCUGAAGAUCAAACUAACACUCUCCAGGCUAUUCCUACCCUGGAGAAAGUAAAAAUUGUGGUCUUUUUAAUGAGUACUCAUUCAGCAGUAGGCCUUGAUGGUAUGAAUGUAAAAUUUUUCCAGGCUAUUCCUACCCUGGAGAAA